AUGACUCAUGUGCAUGUUGGUUUUGCAACUCUCUAUGGCCUAAUCUAGCUUACCUGCUGCUAAUUAUUUUUAAUCUCUACUGUUGAAUUUGAAUCGGGAAUUAAAAUUUCUCUCCUUAGUUGUAUGUAUUAACGUUAUUAGAAUAGAUUAGACAAAUCAGGACAUAAUAUAUUUGACAUGUUCUGAUCCUUGUUUAUAGAAGGAUUAACAAUGUAGAAAUGUUUUUCCCUUACAGUUUAAGUUUGACCAAAAAAGUCAACUAGUAUCCAAUUUAGGUAGCUAUUGUAUUUUUGAUAUCUAUAUUGUCAAAAUUCAUUUGAUUGAACUUUCUUAAGGAGCUGUUUCAUUUUGGUUUUUGGAAGGUAUUUAUUGGAGAAAAUGGUGAGCAAGGGUAGCUUGGAUGGAGAUAUUGGUUCAACAACUAAUCAUCAACCAGUUCAUCAAGGUCCUGAAACUGUCCAAGAAAUGCCUGACAUGAACCAAGAUUCCAAGAAGAACAAGGUGAAGGAUCAAAGCAAUAAAACAGUACCCUUUUACAAGCUUUUCUCAUUUGCAGACUCUUGGGAUUAUCUGCUGAUGUUUGUUGGGACUAUAAGUGCUGUUGGGAAUGGAGUCUCUAUGCCUUUAAUUGCUAUAAUAAUUGGAGAUGCUAUUGAUGCUUUUGGAAGAAAUGUUAACACUAAACAAGUAGUUCAUGAAGUUUCAAAGGUGUCUCUCAAGUUUGCAUUCUCGGGUGCAGCCGCCUUUUUUGCAGCAUUUCUGCAGGUGGCUUGUUGGAUGAUCACAGGGGAGAGACAAGCUGCAAGAAUAAGGGCCUUAUACCUGAAAGCAAUUUUAAGGCAAGAUAUCAGUUUCUUUGACAAGGAAACAAACAGUGGUGAAGUUGUUGGAAGAAUGUCAGGUGAUACAGUUCUGAUUCAAGAAGCCAUGGGAGAGAAGGUAGGAAAAUUCAUACAGUAUGUGUCAUCUUUUUUAGGAGGCUUAGUUGUGGCAUUCAUCAAGGGUUGGCUUCUAACGCUUGUCCUUCUAUCUUCUCUUCCACUUCUUGUCCUCUCUGGUUCCAUAAUGAGCUUUGUUUUUGCAAAGAUGGCGUCCCGUGGACAAGCAGCUUAUUCCGAAGCAGCAACUAUUGUAGAUCGGACAUCAAAACAUAAGACUUUCGUAUCUAGGACAGACUUCUCCGAUCUUAACUGCAUUUUCUGCUGGACAAGCGGCUGCCUUUAA